GACUCAAGGAGAAGGAGGGAACGACUCUGAGGGAGGAAGGAGGAAGAGAAGGGGCAGACGAAAGCUCAGUCCCCAAAUGCUCCAGGCAGCCCCCGGUUCGCUUUCCAAGUCGGGAAGGCGGGUAUUGUUUUUGGCGCCUAGGAAACCUUCGGAAGCUGCCGGGUACUUUCCCUGCACCUCCCAUCGGUGUUUGGUAAAUAUUAACAAACCGAGCGCGUUACUUUCUGGAGUGUGCACGGAGAGGCUGGCCCAGCUCGGGAUGGUUUUCCUCUCCUAGAGCCCCCGCCCCCUAACCCCAGCCCCACCGUUCACGCACACAUACACCUGCUUGACAACAGAAGGAAUCAAAAUCAAUAUUGUAUUUGUCACCCCUCUGUCUCCUUUUUACUCCCUCAGCAGCCCGGGUGCCACUGAAGCGAAUUGUGGAUUUAUGGAGGGAAAUUAGCAUAAAUUAUUACGAAAUCUGUAGCCGUGUGUGGUCCAGCUUGUGGGAAAAGAGACCAUUGCGAACUCUCCAAGCAGAAAGGUGGUCGGUGGUGGGCUCUGCGGAGGCGAUGAAUGGCUAUUGCAUGAAAGAGAUUUCCAUUUGGUUUGCACAUGGGUAUAAUUGACUUAUGUGUAUUUUAUACAGUUUUCCCAACAACUCCCUAAGCCUCAGAGUCGGAUGUGCCCCCUCCCCAGAGCCUCUGUUUGCUUUGGGUUCUGUACAAUAGACUCUGAUGCACUUUUCACGAUUUCUGGAAAGUGCUCCUUCCCUCCUCUUCUUCAUAAUACCAGUCUUAAAACGGUGUAAAUGACAUGCAAAUCCCCUCCCCCUUCCUCUGGGCUCUUCAGUAGGAUCUGAAAUGCAAUUUUGUAGCAAAGUGCCUGUUUUAAAUGUGUAUUUCACAAUUCCUCACCCAUCCAGGGCAAACUUGUCCAGUUAGGUUCCAUUCCCUUAAUUAGCCCUGUGCAUGGGCAAUAUACCUCACCUCCAGUCCUCACUCUAGCCAAACUUUGGAGACUCCUGAAACACGAAUUCCUACUUGUAUCCUCACAUGUCUCUGAGACUUGGUGGUGACAACUUUCCCUGGGGAGAUUGACAAAGAUUUAUUUCAACCUAGAUUUUCUUUUUUAACCCAAACGUUUCCACUCUUAGAAUUUAGUUAAACUUCUGUUUACUCCAAGCAAUGAUUUCGACCGCCACACAAAGGCCCUUUGCAGGGCAACAAAAUGCCAAUUGUUAAAACAAGAAAACAUUUCUCUCCCCAUCCCCCACCCACAAGAAGCGUAGGCACACACCCGGUAGAAAAGAAUCUUCCUGGCUGUCACUGGGGGAACAGAGAUCUUUCACUCCUUUCGUUACAUAUCCCAAUCCAACCACUCUCAAUGUUUUUUUUAUCUAUGUUUCUGUGUGUCAGUAUGCACACGUUUGCUAAGAAGAUCCUAAAAGAUCCUUAGGGGCUUCGAUGCUGGCACCUUUCCCAGGAGCACUCCUGCCUCCACAGGAGCACCCCCAAUUUUGUAUCUCGGAGGCCAGCUGCCUUCUGGGGCAGGAAAGCUGUGGACCAACACCUUUCCAUCAGGAAAACACAAGCCCUUACUACUAUGCUUCAUCGGGGUCCCUAGGCUGCAGGUCUCCCCAGUUCUUCCCAUCCCUGGACCUUCAAACCAAACUGGGCCAUGCCCAGUAACACCCCAAAACGACGCACCUCCUUAGGAGCCGAAGCGUGCACAGUUCAGGCAAGUACCGCUGCCUUGUGCCGAAGCUGGGCAGAGUCCACCAGAGUCCAAAUGGUUUCUGUGUGGAGGGUUUAUCUGCCCUUGUCCAACCGUGCCCCCAGGGACAGGUCAGCGUCCCGCCUCCACCCCUCGAACCCACCUCCUCCUCCUAGUUAUUUUUUCCGAAUUAAGAAGGUGACAUUAUUCUUUUCUUCAAGCACUUCUGUUAAUAUUGAAAAACGUGUGCUUGCAUCUCAAGCGAGGCAGCCCAGACACGAGAGCCAUUUCAAUAUUAAUGAAAUUGUUUAAUCUCCUAAAUUCAUCGUGUUUAAGUUACGUUUUGGUGAGUUAUUGACCACCUUUGAAACUGUGGUUAAUGGAGGGUGUGUGUGUGUGUGUGUGUGUGUGUGUGUGUGCGUGUCUGUGUGUGUGUGUGUGUACGUGCGCCGAAAGAUUUUUAUGCUAACCCCAAACAGCUCCACUAAUAAUGCUCUAAUAUCACUAAGUGUCCAAACUUCACACCCAGAACUCUCCCCCCACCAUCACUACCAUCACCUCCUGGGGGAAAAAAAGUUCUUACAUUUCAGGAUUGAAGAUGAUUCAGUGUGGGCUCUAGGUAUUGAGUUUUUAACGAGGUAAAAGAUAAAAGAGAUUUCUUUUAAAAACCAUAAAGGUGAAAGAAUGUGCAGAAGCCAGUGGGAACUCCUAGCAUCUAUUCCUUGACUGGGUGCAUGCAGGCAGGGUAGACUCACUAUUUCAUAGCAAUAUGAUGAUGCCGCCAACGCCCACGACGACGACGAUGAUGAUAAUAAUAAUAAUGAUGAUGAUGACAAUAAUUCAUUGAAUCUCUGGAGACUAAUCCGAACAGAAGGGAGCCUACCGCUGGCACCAGGCAGGGGGACCCUAGGCACAUCCCCGCUCUCUCCUUUCUCCCAAAAAGGAAAACUCCCUGGUUCUUUUCCAGUCCAGAAGUUACUGCUGUUUUAGUGGGUCCGCAGGCAGCUUUUGCUGGGCUCUCUAAACCCCGAAAUACUUUCUAUUGGGGGUAGGGAGGGGAAAGGGAGGAGAUGGGAGGGGAAGCAGAGGUGGGAGAAGCAGAGAAAAGUUCCGGCUGUAAAAUGCAAACUUCCAGGCAAUGCCUAACUCCUAAAGUUUCAAACCACAUGGGGAAAGCAUGAGACUCGGCCCUUCAUCUGGUGAUAAAGUGUGUCAAACAAACUCAGGCUCUCCACCAGGUCCACAUAGUGUCUGCCCCAACAGCCCCAGAGCCUUCAUCCUGUCCCUAAUUCAAUUCCUAGAGGACUUUUAGAGUGAAGACCCUGACUAUUCUCCCAGAUAGACUUUUUUUUUUUUAAUUUGGCCAGUACACUUACAAAAUGGGUUUUACACAGGUAUAAAUACUUAUAUUUCUGUAAGUAGUUUUUAAACCCCAUCACUUAAGGCUACACACCCAGUGUGUAGAGCUAUGGCAGCAGCCUAGGAAGGUCAAAUCAAACUUUGACCUGCCUCUUGGAAGACUAGGGGGAAGGGUGUAUUUUCAUUAUAAUAACCCAUGCAACCAGCCCCGGAUUGCCAAGCGCAGGAAAAGGGUCUGCUUCAAGGGAAAGCCGUGCCUUAACGUUAGCUAACAAUACAAACCCGAUACAAUGCAGAGGAAACAGAAUACCCCAGCCAAGCAAUUUCCAUGUCAAACAUCAUCUGCACGGCAGCUCGGUCUGUGAACGUGAGUGGUCGCCUGAAUCCCUGCUCCGCGGCCGCCACCUCCUCAUACCUUCACACCGCGCACCCUGGCCGGCGUCCUGCUCACCACCGGUGGCCGAGGCUCUUCCCCCUCGCCCAGUCUUGAGCUGGAAGUGAUUCCUAUUGGCCAAGGUGUCCAUGUAAAUAGGUGUGAAAGAAACCAGAGCUGGCCAGGCUCUCCCCUCUCGCUCAGUCCCCUCCCUCUGCAGCCCCCGCUCCCCCUCCUCUUCCUCCUCCUCCCAAGGCGAUUGUCAUAUGAUAGCUAAGAAGUGGCACAUUAAUGAAGCGCCGCUACAGGGGUCUUUUCUGCUCCUGUCACCGCUUAAAACUAUCAGAUGGUUCGAGGGAGGACAUGGAGGCAGCCACCUAGCUCAGCGGAGCCGCGGAGCCCACAGCAGCGCCCUCCGGAGCCCCGAGGCCGCCGCUGCUGCCGUCUGCACCGGGACUCCGCAGCCGAGCUCGGCCGCCCGGGGAGCGCACCGCCAGAAGCGCUGCGGACUGGCCGGCUCCGGGCGCUGCAGGGCUGAGCUGCGAAGCUCAGAGACGCGCGGAGCCCAACCGAGACCAGACACUGUGUCCCGGCUGAGCACAGGGAGGGACCGCAGAGCUGCAGUGCCAUCCCGGAUGCGGACGCACAACUUGGAGCAACUUUAAGAUCCAAGCAGCCGCCGGCCCGCGCGGACCCAGAGCAAGAAGGGGGCAAACAAGAAGAUGCCUCGGCCGGGCCGCAACACGUACAGCGACCAAAAGCCGCCCUACUCGUACAUCUCGCUGACCGCCAUGGCCAUCCAGAGCUCGCCCGAGAAGAUGCUGCCUUUGAGCGAGAUCUACAAGUUCAUCAUGGACCGCUUCCCCUACUACCGGGAGAACACGCAGCGCUGGCAGAACAGUCUGCGCCACAACCUAUCCUUCAACGACUGCUUCAUCAAGAUCCCACGGCGGCCAGACCAGCCGGGCAAGGGCAGCUUCUGGGCGCUGCACCCCAGCUGCGGGGACAUGUUCGAGAACGGCAGCUUCCUGCGGCGCCGCAAGCGCUUCAAGGUGCUCAAGUCCGACCACCUGGCGCCCAGCAAGCCCGCCGACGCCGCGCAGUAUCUGCAGCAGCAGGCCAAGCUGCGCCUCAGCGCGCUUGCGGCCUCCGGCACGCACCUGCCACAGAUGCCCGCUGCCGCCUACAACCUGGGCGGCGUGGCGCAGCCCUCGGGUUUCAAGCACCCCUUCGCCAUCGAGAAUAUCAUCGCUCGAGAGUACAAGAUGCCUGGGGGGCUGGCCUUCUCCGCCAUGCAGCCCGUGCCCGCCGCCUACCCGCUCCCCAACCAGUUGACUACCAUGAGCAGCUCGCUGGGCACUGGCUGGCCGCACGUGUACGGUUCCGCAGGCAUGAUCGAUUCGGCCACCCCCAUCUCCAUGGCUAGUGGCGAUUACAGCGCCUACGGCGUGCCAUUGAAGCCGCUGUGCCACGCAGCAGGCCAGACGCUGCCCGCCAUCCCGGUGCCCAUCAAGCCCACCCCGGCCGCGGUGCCCGCGCUGCCCGCGCUGCCCGCGCCCAUCCCCACCUUGCUCUCGAACUCGCCGCCCUCGCUCAGCCCCACGUCCUCGCAGACAGCCACCAGCCAAAGCAGCCCCGCCACUCCCAGUGAAACGCUCACCAGCCCGGCCUCCGCCUUGCACUCGGUGGCGGUGCAUUGACCCGCAGCAGCCGGAGCCCCCUCUUGUUCCCCUCCCCGCCAGCUUAUACGCAUUCCCCGCCUCCCAGCCCUGCCCUCCCCCCAUCUAAGACCGCCACCCUAACUUGUCCAUUUCACCUUCGGCCAACCCUCUCUCCCCCAGGAGAACUUUGUUUUGGACCCAGGAGACAAAACACAAACUUGCAGAUGGCCUGGAGGCGCGUGGGAGCUGUCCUCGCCUCCACAAGAGGGGAAGGCAGGGAGCACCUGGGCCAAGCCUUCCGACUCCCCGGGCCCCCCGAAACCCCCUCCCAUUUAAGAGGCAGGGGAAAUCCUGCCUCCCGCCUUCGCGGAGAGGAGCGCGUCUUCCCUCGGCCGGGAUCGGCGGGGCGCCGGACACCGCGCAGUCAGUUCCUAGACAAGAGAAACCGCCUCAGAGGUUUCCUCGAACAGAUCUCCCCUGAGGGCUACAGCCGCACAGCGGAGGGCCGGAUCUCGUUUACGUCUUGGAACUCUGCCGGGAAGAGGGACCACUAAUCUUCCUUACCCGACUCGCCUCCGCCCAUCCGGCCGGGGCUGGGCGGACCACAGCUUCCUGGAGUAGCGGCCCUGCCUCCCCAGCUUCUGCGGAGUGUUUUGUUUUGUUUUGUUUUGUUUUGUUUUGUUUUGUUUUGGGUUUUGUUUCCUGCCAGAGGCUCCAGGCACGGGGAGUUAAGGGAGAGGCUGCCAAACUGAGAAGGGGACGCUUGUCCUCAACACAAGCAAAACAAAACUAAAAGUAACCUUGUAGUAUUGUUUACAAAGGCGCCCGGUAAAAUGUAAACAGUGAACUUGAAUCUGUAUUGCUUGGCGGGCGAGCGGGCAAAGCCCACUUUACAAGUACCUGUUGUAAUGUGAAUGUUUACUCUCCAUUUCUGGCCAGGUUUAGGGGUGGGAAGGGGGGAUGGGAAAGUUAAUUGGGAUGUUAACUUUCCUGUUACUUAGAGACCUUUUAGCUAUUUAUUUUAUUGUUGGAAGGGGGAAAAAAAAAGGAAAGAAAAGAAAGAAAAAAGAAAAUGAAAUAAGCCCAAACUAAGAAAGCAUCAAGGGCAACCCUAGCAGAAUUUAGAUAGCUGACUGGUAACAUGAAGCAGUGUCACCGGAUAGGUCUCCCAUGGACAAGUCUUUCUGUUUGCUACAAGAACUUUCCCAAGAAGCUAAAGGGCUGCAAAGAGAUGUAAAUGCUUGUGAAUAGGAAUGAUUAUACACUGUGUAAAAUGCACUUUUGUUUGCUAUAUUCCUUUAGAGUUCUUAGGUAAUUUGCUGGAAAACGAACUGUUGUUCUGGUGUGACCUGCUUAAGUUAAAAAAAGUUGUAGUUGUCAUAGGGCUGUAAAAUUUUUCCCUUUCAUUUUUCUCCUUCCCUGUCCAGAAUUAGCAUGGCAUCUUAAAUAUUGAUGUUCUUGUUCCCAGCAUGCCUGUUUUAAGACAAAGAAUUUUAAAAAGGUGUCUACAUUAAAUUAUGAAUCUAGUCCAAAUAAUAUUUUCUCAUUAAAAUACAUAAAUUCAAAUUUUA